AUGACGUCCACAAAGGCGGAGAUUAGGGACUAUCUCGAAAGGGAAGGAGUGGAAGUGAGUACAGCUGCUACAAAAGCGAAGCUGUUGGAGGAGACCUCUCUCGUUUUCAUCUUCUCCUUGGUAGAAACCCUAGAAACCGGCUCGUGCCGGGCCCUGGCGACGACAGCAUUUUCAUCCGCAAAUCGAUCGACGGCAGAUGAAUACAGACCUAACAUUGUCCUACCAAUACACGAGUCUCGCAACAUCUAAAGCAUCUCAUAGACUUCAAACACAACAAAGGUUUCUUCCAAC